AUGCUAAUCACAGAGGACAAGGCCGCUGAGUCGACGCUAAUCACCAAGGACAAGGCCGCUGAGUCGACGCUAAUCACCGAGGACAAGGCCGCUGAGUCGACACUAAUCAACAAGGACAAGGGCACUGAGUCGACACUAAUCACUGAGGACAAGGCCGCUGAGUCGACGCUAAUCCCCAAGGACAAGGGCGCUGAGUCGGACAAGGGCGCUGAGUCGACGCUAAUCACCAAGGACAAGGCUGCUGAGUCGACGUUAAUCACUGAGGUCAAGGCCGCUGAGUCGACGUUAAUCACCAAGGACAAGGCCGCUGAGACGACGCUAAUCACCGAGGACAAGGCCGCUGAGUCGACGCUAAUCACUGAGGACAAGGCUGCUGAGUCGACGCUAAUCACAGAGGACAAGGCCCCUGAGUCGACGCUAAUCACUGAGGACAAGGCCGCUGAGUCGACGCUAAUCACCAAGGACAAGGCCCCUGAGUCGACGCUAAUCACCAAGGACAAGGCCGCUGAGUCGACGCUAAUCACUGAGGACAAGGACAAGGCCGCUGAGUCGACGCUAAUCCCCAAGGACAAGGCCGCUGAGUCGACGUUAAUCACCAAGGACAAGGCCGCUGAGUCGACGCUAAUCACAGAGGACAAGGCCGCUGAGUCGACGCUAAUCACUGAGGACAAGGCUGCUGAGUCGACGCUAAUCACCAAGGACAAGGCCCUUGAGUUGACGCUAAUCACUGAGGACAAGGCCGCUGAGUCGACGCUAAUCACCAAGGACAAGGCCCCUGAGUCGAUGCUAAUCACUGAGGACAAGGCCGCUGAGUCGACGCUAAUCACCAAGGACAAGGCUGCUGAGUCGACGCUAAUCCCCAAGGACAAGGCCGCUGAGUCGACGUUAAUCACCAAGGACAAGGCCGCUGAGUCGACGCUAAUCACAGAGGACAAGGCCGCUGAGUCGACGCUAAUCACUGAGGACAAGGCUGCUGAGUCGACGCUAAUCACCAAGGACAAGGCCCUUGAGUUGACGCUAAUCACUGAGGACAAGGCCGCUGAGUCGACGCUAAUCACCAAGGACAAGGCCCCUGAGUCGAUGCUAAUCACUGAGGACAAGGCCGCUGAGUCGACGCUAAUCACCAAGGACAAGGCUGCUGAGUCGACGCUAAUCACCGACGACAAGGCCCCGAGCCCCGAGUCGACGCUAAUCACCAAGGACAAGGCCGCUGAGUCGACGCUAAUCCCCAAGGACAAGGGCGCUGAGUCGACGUUAAUCACUGAGGACAAGGGCGCUGAGUCGACGCUAAUCACCAAGGACAAGACUGCUGAGUCGACGUUAAUCACUGAGGACAAGGCCGCUGAGUCGAAGCUAAUCCCCAAGGACAAGGCCGCUGAGUCGACGCUAAUCCCCAAGGACAAGGGCGCUGAGUCGACGUUAAUCCCCAAGGACAA